UACAAGUUGUGUAUAUACUCAAAUGAUAUGAUCAAAAAAGUUCAAGAUCUUGUAGGCUAUGAUCUUGCUUGUUAUUGACUUCGUUGUUGCUUUUAUUCUCAGAGGGAUCAAAAAUGGGGAGAAACCUGGGUUCAGCAUUUAGACAAGAGUUGGCUAAUCUCGACAAAGAUCCAGAUACUUACAAGACUGCAAUGAGCAACUUGAGAACCAUUGUGAAAGACUUGGAUUCAAAAGUGAUACAUGCGUUUCUCACUCAAGUCUCUGAAACAAAAGAGAUCGGUUCUGACUCUGGCGGUGGCUACACGGUCUCUCUCUUUGAAGACCUCGCACGUGCUCACGGAGUCAAAAUCUCUCCCCACGUGGAAACGAUCAUGCUGGUUAUUGUAAGGACGUUGAGCUCUUGUGGAGGUUCCUUAAGUGUCCAACAGGCUUGCUCAAAAGCUGUAGCUGCUAUUGCUAGAUACGGGAUCGAUCCUGCAACGGCGGAAGAUAAGAAAAGAAAUGUGAUCCAUUCUCUCUGCAAACCGCUCUCUGACUCUCUUAUAGACUCACACCAUCAGCAGCAUCUUGCUUUGGGGUCUGCUCUCUGCUUGAAGUCGCUUGUGGACUGCGAUAGCUGGCGUUACGCUUCUAACGAGAUGGUUAACAGCGUUUGUCAGAGCUUGGCUGUUGCUCUUGAAGCCACUUCGAGCGAAGCCGAGUCUCAUCUGGCGCUUGUGAUAGCUCUCGCUAAGCGCAAUGCCUUUAUUGUGGAGGCGUACGCGAGGCUUUUGGUGAAGUCUGGUCUUAGGAUUCUGGAGUUGGGCGUUGUGGAGGGUGAUGCUCAGAAACGGGUUUUGGCAGUGCAGAUGCUUAACUUUUUGAUGAAGUAUCUGAAUCCCAAGAGUAUAUCUUCUGAGGUGGAACUUGUGUUGCAAGAGAUGGAGAAACACAUGGAAGAUGAGGUGUAUUUCGUCAGAAUGGCUGUUCAUGAUACCUUGGGAACAGCAGAGAGAUUGAUAAGAGAGGCAGAUUCAUCAGUGAAGUCUACUACACCGAGUCUGAGAUCACGUAACAGGAGUUAUGUAAACGAUCAAGAAGAUGACUAUAACCAAGAAACCGGUUCAAGAAAUCAGAUUCAGUUCUCUGGUGAUGAAGAUGAUAACAUGGAGUCAGUUUGUUUCCAUCAGAGGAACAGAAGCUCUGAGUUUAACGAAUCGGUUUGCUCUAGGACCAAUCGCCCAAGAAGUUCAAGGCGAAACAGGAGGAAGAGACAGUCAGAACGUAGCAGGCACGGUUUCACGCAAGAUUCAUUUACUGUACUGCUGGAGAACAGAGAGCAGCUACGACAGUACAGCGAGAGCUCAUCAUCAUCGUCACCGAUACAUGAGAGAUCCGGUACCACUACUCCAACAGAAGACAUCUGUGAGAAACUAAAGAUAGAUUUGGAGUCUGAGGCCAAAGUGAAGAGAGAAGAGAUUGUAACAGAGUCAACAAGACGGGACAGGAGCAAGAAAAGUGUGUUGAGAUGGGGUUUGAGUUUCUUCUCAGUUGUACUUGCAGGGCUUGCUUCCUUCAUGUGGGUGCAUUUGCAAGAUGAUGUUAUGAUGCCUCAUCUUGUUCCUACUUGAAGCAUCAGGGGUGGAACAUAGAAAGCUUAGAACUUACGUUUGUGAACAAGUUUACUAACCCAUACCGGUUUGUGAUUUCAAUUACAGUUUCUUAAGAAUUAUGAACCGAACCGGUUUACAUUUUUGGUUAUAUGUGAUAAUCAGAC